AGUUCUCUGGUGCAGGGCAGGUACCGUUGCUAGCCUCUCCGGAGGCACCGGGUGGAUCCCCCGUUUCCUUCGCUCUGUUGCCAUUGCGGCUCCUGCUCCCGGUCAUGCCGCCGCUCUGAGCCAUGGGCGCCAGCGGCUCCAAGUCCCGGGGCCUCUGGCCCUUUGGCUCGGGCGGGCCAGGCGGCUCCGAGGGGCCGGGCGGGGAACAGGCUGUGGCCCGGGCGCGGGGUCUGUGCUCGGCCACCCCCUUCGUCUUCACCCGCCGCGGCUCCAUGUAUUAUGAUGAGGAUGGUGACCUCGCCCAUGAGUUUUAUGAGGAGACAAUAGUCACCAAGAAUGGAAGGAAGCGUGCCAAGCUGAAAAGAAUCCACAAGAACCUGAUACCUCAGGGCACAGUGAAACUGGAGCACCCUCGGAUUCAUGUGGACUUCCCUGUCAUCAUCUGUGAGGUGUGAGCCACGGGAGCAGUCUGAACAGUCGCUGUGUGCUGCAAAUGCACCUUAACUUGCCCAGUUUUACUGUACCUCAUGUGAACCACUCUAGGCAGCCACGUGUCCCUGCAGAGUGAUGGAUGUGGAGCACAGACACAUAGUUAGCUUUGACGCUUCUGUGCCAGGAGGAGGCGGCGGUCGUGGCUGCAGCGCUGGGGAUGUCUUGGACUCGGAUAGUGAUCAGAAAUAGCAUUGGCUGAAGACGUGUGUUGACAGGACCUGUGUCAGCUGAGCUGUCUGGCCUUGUUUAUGAGCCUGCUCAAAAUUCCCCUUGCUGAGUUGAGUAAAUCCUUUUAUCGGACACUGACUGACGGUCAGGUGGCAACAGAUUUCAAGUCUCACAAGACCAUGGAGAAUCCACCUGCACCUUUUUCUGACCGGAUGUCCUUGUUGAGUACCCCUGUCAGUCAACAAAAGCUGGCAAUGACAUUUCACUUUAUAUGCUGUAGAUGAGUAAAGGUGUUCAGCAAGCUUCUUAUGCCUUUCCCCUCUCUUCCCUCCCCCAGCAUAACAUAGUCAAAUACCUUUGCUUUAGUGUAUCCGUGUGGACUGGGGAGUGGGGAUAUCAAAUGUUGCACUUAAGAGAACAGCUGGAGCUUUCCAAGAUGGAUACGAUUGCGAUGUCCCCGCUGAAGCAGACUGAUGUGGAGCUCUUGCACGCUCCACAUCAUCUCCCUGGGAGUUGCACCAUCUUUUUUCCAGGCUCUGUCAUUCCAACUUUGUGCCUGUGCUGUAGUGAAUCAGUAGAGGCAGGAGCCGUAUCUGAGCAUGCAGCUUUUCUGUUCAGGUUUACCAAGCAGGCCACCUCUGAGAAGCUACUUGCCUUGGCAGGUCGUGAUUUCAGUCCUGGAUGGUCCUCCUCCUCCUCGUGAUUCUGCAUCCCGCUUUCCUGCCCCUCCCCAUGACUUUCUUACUGUAAGUCUCCUUCUAAAACUAUUACAGGUAAGAGGUCUCUCUUGAUCCCUCAAGUUUUGCCAUCAGUGGUAGGGCAACUUGGCUGCCCUGCUCAAGAAGGCUGCCAACCCUUUUUUAAAGCCCUUUGACUGUGUGUGUGCACGCACACCCACUCACAGGUGAUAAUGGAGUGCUGUGACCUUCCUUUGGCAGUCACCUUGACUCCUUGGUGGGCCUGAUAUUGUCUCAUGUGGAGAAAUGUAGCACACUUCAAAGGAAGACUGAGCCUCCUCUUUUGAUGGGGCCCUCCUGCUUCCCCCAGUAUGUUGACUGUGAAACGCUUGAUCAGCUGGGGCCACUUCCUUGGGCAAGACUGGCAUUGGGGGCGGUGCCAGUGCUGAAGCGGCGCUCCUCGCCCUCAUCCCAAGUUCCUUGUUCUAAUUAUGUUUGCCGAGCUCCAAGCAGCCAAAAUCCUUUCAGAGGCAUGUCAUUUUUGAAGAGGGUUUCAUAUGCAAGCCUGCCUGCCUGCCUGCCUUUUCUACCAGCCCAUCAGGUUUUUUUGUGUAAAGCUGUGAAACUGGAUUGUGGGUGGGUUAGCUGUAGGAGCUGGUUCAUUGCCCAUCAUAUCUCCUUCCUAGAGCAUGUCAUUGCCUUUCAGAGCGCUUCAGGCAUUUGCUACCUCAACAUUUAGUUUAAUCCGCUGGUGCAAAGUUAUGCCAGCUGGAUCAAGAAGUCUGUGUUUUGUGUGUCUUCAUCUCUGCAUCUGCGAAAGCAUCCUUCCUAAGUGCUCCAGACUAGCAAAAGCACGGAAUGGAUGUAGCAGGGCUGACAGAGCUCCCUUUGCUGCGUUCAACUGCAUGGAUACCGCCAUAUGUUAGGAUUGCUCCUGAGAGCAGAGGAGACAUGGCUGUCCCUGGUAGCUUUCCAAAAUGCACUUCCCUUGCCAUGCAGAAUUUUCUGUGAAUCUGCAGCUGAAGGGGUGUAGUUACCUGUAAAUGGAGAGCUGCACGACCUGCUGAUUUUGAGCUAAUGCCAUACUUUCACCCUUUUCCCUCCAUGCCACCCCGUUCACUUUGUGCACUGUAGCUUAUCUUUUGGUUGGCUUCUACACAACGAUGUUGGGAAGCUGACAUCUUUGCCCAUAAGCAGGAAAGACGCCUCUGCCGCCACGACCAGGAGCAUGCCCUAUGGCAAGGAUAACGCCAUCUCUGCAUCAUUAUGCAGGAUCAGCUGCAGGCUGAAAUCAAGAACCAGUGGAACAGGAGGCUUUCUGUCAAAAAGCUUGCUGUCAAAAGCUGGCCCUAAGUGAUCAGAGAGUGAGGCUGAAAGGCUUGUUGGUCAUUCCCAUUUCUAACAUAUCUGACUGGUGUUCUGUUGACUGUUUUGUUUCUGAGAAGCAAGUACCCAUAACCAGACACUGCUGGCUUGUAUUUCGCAUACCACUUCAAGGCUUUGGGUGGAUCAUGCUGGAGACAUCCCAUCCACUGGAAUCUCAGCUGAGCAUCUGUCAGCUUGAGCUCUCCUAAGACUGCCUGGAGCUAUUGACACCUGCUUUCAGACCAUUUCUAUGAAAGGCUGGCUUGCCUAGUGGGACUGCAGCUUAGCAGCUACACUGCGUGGAUACUCUGAUACCCCACCCCACCCCACCCCCAGUCAUCCUGUCCUGCAUCCCUGCUACUCUUGAGAGCAGCAGCUGUUAGCAGGGAGAGAGCUCACUGAAACUGCUUCAUCCAGGAUGCUGAUACUGUGAAAAUCAGUGUAACACACACACACACACACACACACACACACACACACACACGGGGACACACACACACACGGGCACGCAUGUACGCACACGGACACACACACGGACACGGGCACAUGCAUUAUCACUGUUGCUGGACAAGCAAAAAGUUCUGUUGCCCUUUUUUAUCAUUCUUUUGUGCAAAUGUGUGGUUGUGUAGAAGACCUGAACUCAUUAGCUCUACACUUCCUGUAGCAUACAAAUAAAGACCCUUAAAGGCAAAUAUGUAAAGUAUUUAUGGUCUGUCUCCUCUGCCUUGAAGUGCAUUUGUUGAAUUUUGUUAAAUUUCAAUAAAACUAUUUGUAAGUCCCA